UGCCCCCAGGGGCUAUGUUCGAGAAUCUAGAGUCUAGACGUUAAUCCGGUUUGCGUUAUUAAGAGCUUGAAGGCCAUGAAAGCUGCAGCUGUGCCGCUGUCGUCGAGUUCUAAAACACUUUGUGUUACAACGUAUCUCUAUUUUAGAUUAUAGAAAAGACAAAAGAGCUGCUUCAACAAAAAUGAAUACACCAUCUCGAAGAAUUCUUCUAGAAUGUUUUCCUCUCUAUUACCCUUUUGGUAACACAGGUGUGCAGGACAUUUUCAAAGACUUAAACUUUGAAAACAUUGGUGAUGAAAUCAAGGUCCUCUUUCUUGGAUGUGGCGACCUGAGAAAUGCACUUCAGGCAACCAGUGUUCAAAACAACAAGCAUUUGCACAUCCAUCUAAAUGACUCCAAUCCAUCUGUUAUGGCCUCGCAAUGUUCUGAUACUAAAAAUAAUUUCAGCAGAUGAUUUCAACAUUGAAGAUAAAGAACAUGUUUCUUUUUUGUGGGAUAUUUGGUACAAUGCUGAGUGGCCAGAAACAACACUAAAGAGAUUCCAAUUGAUUCUUAUAAUGAAUUACUAAAAAAUAAUUUGCCAGUAAAUGCUGCGAUUCCAAAAAGCACUUACCUGAAAAGCUUGAAAGCUGUUUGGUCUGCAUGGAAAUCUAUUUCUUCAAAAACAAAAUCAGAAUCAAAAUUUUUUAUGGAAAAAAUUAGUGAAGAAAGAAUCAACGUUAUGUUAAAAAGGACAUCAAAUAAUGAAAAAGGAAAAGAAACAGAUUCGGCUUUUUCGAAAUUCAUCGAUUCGGCUGCUUUUUAUUUGGCAUCAAAAAUUGAAGAUCUGGAUGAUUCCAAAAGAAAACAGGUGCAAGAAGAAGCUCGAUUAUAUUUCUCCAAAGGAAACUGUCAACUGGGAAAUGGAAGCAUCAAUGUGUGCGUCAAUCCAACUAUGCUAAAUGCAGAAACUCAUCGUUGGCAAGUUCACUACCAGUUGUGUCCUUUCGAUGGCUAUCUACCAUUGACUCGGGGGGAAGAGAUGGAUACGUCCAAUGAAAAGGAAAUACUUAUCCGAACUUGUCAGAAAAUUCUCCAAACUCUUGUUGCUAAUUAUCGAAGACGCAUGAAAACGGUGAAAAUGUGUUUCCACGUGGACGACGCCUUGGAGUUUUGCCUCAGCAACGUAAAGUUGUCUUUUGACGUGAUAGAUUGUUCCAACUUGGCGGAUCACGUUGGUUUAAUUAACCUUAUAAAUGCCUGUGAAAGAAGACUAGCGAAAACUCCCGAAGCAAUGUUAUUUACCGAGACCAUGACCUGGACCACACUGGCACCUUCUGUUGUCAAUUACAUUGAAAAAGCUCUCUGUUGCCCGCUGAGCAUGAUUCCAACUAUUUAUGGAUUGAGACUGACCAAUCACGUUAAACUGGGAUCCAGUGAGCCUGCGAACUUGCGCCUUUUUGUAGGGUACCCAGUAAGGCUUUGUUGGCAAAAAGCAUUGCCGUUUGGAAACUUAUCUCUGGACCCUUCUCUUUCGUUGACUCAUUACCUUGAUCAACUUGCUAAAAAGUGUUUCCUGGUUACAAGCCCGCAACUUUCCAAAGUCGGGAAACACUUGGAAAGAUGCGGAAUGUUAUGCUACACUCCCCUUACAUUCAACUACGUAGUGAAUUCAGUAAUCCAGCGUCUUGGAGAUGGAUGUUUUUUGAAAAGUGCCGGUCAACCAACUUCAUUUAAACUGGCUCAACGAACAUUGGAAGCAUGGGAGAAAAAUCAAAGAGUCUUAAAAAUUUCAUCUGAUUUCAACUUUAAUGAGAUGUACAACAUGCUGGGUUGGAUUUAUGGAUUCAUAAGCACUCCCGUGCUCCGGCUUGUUCUUUAUCCCCUAAAUAAAUUCAACUACUGUUCUCUCCAAAUGCCAAGCCAACAAAAGGGGAAGUACACAGCCUUUCAAGACUUAUCCGUACCAGACGUCCACAUCAUCGACAACUUUCAACUGCAAAUGAAAUAUUCGUCUGACGGUGACAUUGAAUCCUCAAUUAUUUCAUUUCUACUGCCUCCGGAUCAUGGCCUUGAAAAUACUCAUGGCGCCUUCGUCUUGGAUCUGACUUCAGAGUUAGCAAUUUUUAGCCUCGAAUUGAUGUCAACGAUGCACGUGGAAGAUUUUCGCCAGUUAUAUCCGCAUUAUCAAGGAUCUCCACUUCCGGUUAAUACGAAUGGAUCGCAAAUGAGCAUCAAAAGCUGCACUGAAGACCAGUACCAAUAUACCUUGCAAAUAACAGUUGAAUGUGCCGAAACUAUUUCAGGUUUAAAAGUGACAACAAGUCAAUGUCUACCCUGCGAGUCAGCCCACGAAGUAACUGUUUCAUUGGGACAGCCCAUCAAAAUCAAGCCGUUGACAUUAUCUUUUCCUCAUCCCAUCGGGGUCAACGAAAUUAGUGCUACUCUUCACCGCAAAGAUCGUGUGAUUGAUUUAGUUUUGAAAAAGGCGCUCCUUGAACCCUGGCCUUGUGAAUUCCAAACAAAGCAGUCUAAAUGGGUUGUAGAUAACUUUAAACCGUGGAAUGAUGGAAAUGAAGUCAGCUCUAUGGGGAUUCAUCUUGGCACUCAAUUUAGGUUGAGUAUGCUUAAGAAUCCUUCCUUGUUAGAUAGAUCUGAUUUAAACCAAAUCCGAGAACUUAUAAAAUCACUCUUUGUCAACGCCACCAUAUUGAACCAAAAGUUGUUCAGUGUUAAGAGGGAAGAUUCGUCUCAAACCCCUGAUUGGUAUAUCAGAGUCCACAAUCCUGUUCGUAUCUCUCCGAUGGGCAGUCCAAUUUUGAUGCUGUCAGCUUGUGAUCAUCGAUUGGCCGAAACAUUUGCUUCUAUGGGGAAACUCGAUGCAAGAAAGUCUGCAGAACACUUUUUACAAAUCAUGGGAAGUAGUGAUAUAACAGAAUUUUCAGUAUCCGCUUCAGAGGCUCAACUAUUGCGGUAUGUCCUGCGACUGAAUUCGACGAAGAUUUUACCCAGCAUCUGGCAGAAAAACAAUCUCCCCCAAGACGAAAACAGUCCGUGGCUGGCUACAUUUGUUUCACCACUUUACGAUGACUGCCCGAUGAACAAACAAACUUACAAAGAUGACAACUUUACUUUGACCCGAGAAAUUAAACAAGAUUGCUGUGCCUCGUGUAAAAGAAUUGCCAUCAAUCUUAAGCGCUGUGGCAGGUGCCGAACCGUCGUCUAUUGCAGCGUCGAGUGUCAACGUUCAAAUUGGGCUCAACACAAAAAAGUCUGUGCUUACGUUGAAAAGUAAUCGCGGCUAUCGAAUAUUUGCUGUUGUUUCCUCCAAAUUCGUUUUUUUUUUCUUAACGAAUAUUUGCUUUCGUUUCAUUUAUAUUCGUUUUUCCUUGUUUAUUUUCAGUUCAAUUAAUGACAGAUUAACCAAUGCUACUGAAAUAACUGAGACAUUUGGCUCUUCUUAAGGCAUCAUUUCUGCAUAAAAAAUUUGGUUUCACAUUCACUAGAAAGAAAACUCGUGCUGUACCUCGUACUUUGAGCGUAAAGGGCGAAAGCAUUAUUCAAUACAUAAUUAUAACCAAG